UUUGCCGCUACUACUUCUUCGGCUCCUUCCACUCUCUUCUUUCACUGUCGGUCUUCUCUUUUUCUCUCUGAUUGCAUGUUGGUUACCUUUGAUCACUGCUUCAUUGAUUCGAUAGCUUGUGAGUUUUUCUGAGUGAUUCUGGUGUGUAUCGAGUUCUUCUUCUUUGAUCAUCAAGUAAUUCAUUUGGGUUCUUCCUUUCGUAUCGAUCUCGCCUUUUUUCUGUGUUUAUGGUUCUCUUUUUUCAACCGAAUCGCGACUCUGGUGUUUCGUUCUUGUAUGAUCAGCUGUUUUAUACUCAGCGAAUCGUUUGAUUUGAAGAAAUCUUGUUCGAUCUACGUGAUCACGAUAGAGGAAGUGGUUUGAUCGGCUAAUUGAUUCGAUAAUGGUGGAUCUCAGUGAUAAGGGAUCAGACUGUGAAGAUAUGAUGAACAGCAAGAACAGUCCUGAUAGAUGUGGAUCAUCUUCAUCCGACGGUGGUAGCCAUUUGAUCAAAACUUGUGCUGAUUGUGGGACCACUAAAACCCCUCUCUGGAGAGGGGGUCCUGCUGGACCUAAGUCUUUAUGCAAUGCUUGUGGAAUCAGAAGCAGAAAGAAGAGGAGAGCACUUUUGGGGCUAAAAGAUGAGAAAAAGCAAAAGAAAAACACCACCAACGGAACCUGCGCCGGCGCCGGAGCCACCUCUACAUCCGGCGGAGAUAGUCAAACAAGCGGAUUGACCAGCAAUAAGAGAAGUCAAAUGGGUGAUUUUUGUUUGAAAAGAAAGUUAAUGGCUCUAGGAACUGAAGUUGUGUUGCAGAGACCAAGAUCCGCCAUUACUAAACAAAGAAGGAAGAUAGGUGAAGUAGAACAAGCUGCGCUUUUAUUGAUGGCUUUAUCUUGUGGAUCGGUUUAUGCUUGAUUAGUGAAAUAAUUAAAUUGGUAUUUGGUAGUUUGAUUUUUAUUGUUUUUGGGUUUUAAGAUUAAGAAUCAAGAAAUUUGAGGUAAUUGAGAGAUAGAUGUGUCGUUUUCUUGAAGAACAAAGAUGUAUCUUGUAGGGUGUUCUUUUUUAUUCUUAAUUGGAAAAAAUCUAUUUUUAUGA